AUGGAUCGACCAGGUAUCACAAAACCUGGUCACUGUGGACUCUGCCGCCAUUCAGGUAACUGGAGAUCGUUAGAUAUGGAAACAGCAGUAAUCUGUCACAACGGGAGCAUCACGACGCUCAACAGUGAUCAAGCGAUCGUUGAGUUAACCUUUGGAGAUCCCGCAGAAGAGAAUCCAGUUCCUCGCCUUGGACAAUUUUCUUCCUUGUACCAGCAGUUUUAA